GCGGACCAUUCGCAUCGCUGCUCGACCCCCGGCGCAAUGGUGUGCCGAACAAUUGUGCAAGGCCUGUCGCGCGCUGCCGACACGCUCGCAUUUCAGUUGCGGAUACAAUGCGUCCGCUCCGCACGCCGCAGCCUGCAGCCCCCGACAGCACGAUGCAUCUCGACGACCGUGUCGAGGCCCGCCGCCGAGAUCGUGACUGAGGUCCAGGAGCCCUUUACUGCCGCGAAGCCCUUCGACUUCGAGGCCGCAGAUGGAGGAGAGGGCGCCGAGGAUGGCAAGAAGAUCCUGCGGACACUACGCGUUGUGCCUGCGUCGCCGUCGUACUUCAGCGCAAAGCCCACCUUCACCGACGACUUCCUCUCGCUCUCCGCGCUCCUGCGCAAAGUCGCUACCCUGCCGACAAUACCGAAUGCGGAGGCGCCCAAGGUCGCCUGGAAGACCGUCGAGCAGUACCGCAUCAUGACCAACGAGCCCGUCAAGACCCAACGCUUCCACAAGAUGCUGCAUAUUCUGCGCAGGCUGAACUGCAUCCACCCACAGCUGAUGCCUCAGGAGGUCGUCGACGCCAUGAAGCGCUACAAGAAGCCCAGCCAGCCCGGCGACAUCAAGCCGAAGCCCGGUGUCAUCGACGAGCUCGGCCGAGCCAAGGGCGUUGGGCGGAGAAAGACGUCGUCUGCCGUCGCAUGGCUUGUGGAGGGAGAAGGCGAGGUCUUGGUCAAUGGCCAGUCUUUGGCCGAGUACUUUGGCCGGCUGCAUCUCCGGGAAAGCGCCGUGUGGGCGCUGAAGGCUACCGGGCGACUUGACAAGUACAACGUAUUUGGUCUGGUAGAGGGUGGUGGAUCAACUGGUCAGGCAGAGGCCAUGACACUGGCGGUAGCAAAGGCAUUGAUGGUGCAUGAGCCGGCGCUGAAACCAGCACUGCGACGAGCUGGCUGCGUCACCCGUGACCCAAGAAAGGUGGAGAGGAAGAAGCCCGGUCACAUCAAGGCUCGCAAGAUGCCUACCUGGGUCAAGCGUUGAGGUGCGACCUCUCUGUACAUCACCAUGUAUAUCCCCAUACUUGUUGGCAUUUAGUGGAGUAAAAUGUAAGGUGGCCCAGCUUGAAAGUGUGCACGGCGCACGGCUUUAUGUUCGACGUAGUGUUCCAAGCAAAGACUUGAAUUGCAGUCGAGAUCAGUGGUGC